CGGGGAGUUCCUUCUUUUUCUUUUAUUUUUAAUUUUCAUUUUGAUUUUAUUUUUCGUGGGUUGUAUGUUUGUUGCGAGCGGUGGAGCGGCGGCUUCGCGGUGCGUUCACUGUGCAGCAUGGAAACCAAGUCCCUGUUCAGCCUGCACAGAGCCCUCGCUCAGCCCGUCAAGAUGUGCAUGUUCGAUUUCCCCGUCACCAUCCUGGACGACCUGAGCUCGACGCAGGAGAUCGGCGAGGAGGCCGAGGAGGACGCCAUCUUCACCAUCACGCUGAGGAAGGUGCAGCUCCACCAGUCGGCCAGCAAAGGGCAGCGAUGGCUGGGCGUGGAGACGGACGCCGCCCUGAGCCUCUACGAGACCUGCAAGGUGCGGACCAUCAAGGCCGGCACGCUGGAGAGGCUGGUGGAGUACAUGGUGUCGGCGUUCAGGGGCAAAGACUCCACCUACGUCACCAUCUUCCUCUGCACCUACCGCUCCUUCGCCACCACCAAGCAGGUGCUGGAUCUCCUGCUCAACAGGUAUGCCAAGCUCCAAAAUGUGCCUGCAGCCACAGCACACAGAGUCUCCCAGGACGACUGCACAGAGCUGAGAAACACUGUUUCGUCCAUCCUGGGCGCGUGGCUGGACCAGUACUCUGAGGACUUCUGGAGCCCCCCCAACUACGACUGUCUGCACCAGCUCCUGUCCUACCUUCACCUCCACUUCCCCGGCUCGGACCUGGAGCGCCGCGCCCGCAACCUGCUGGCCCACUUCCACCGCCGACAGCAGUGUGAGCCUGAUCCUGAUGGGGAACACAUCGGCUGCCCUUUCGCUACGCAGGAAGAGAGCGGCUUUGAGGACGAACUUCCUGCUUUUAGCUUCCUGUCGUUUGACCCCAUCAUGGUCGCGGAGCAGUUCACGCUCAUGGACGCGGAUCUGUUUAAGAAGGUGGUGCCCUACCACUGCCUCGGGGGUAUCUGGUCUCAGCGGGAUAAGAAGGGGAAGGAGCACCUGGCUCCCACCAUCAGAGCCACCGUGGCCCAGUUCAACUCCGUCACCAACUGUGUCAUCACCACCUGCCUGAGCAACCCGACGCUGAAGCCCAACCAGAGAGCCCGGCUGCUGGAGAGGUGGAUAGACGUGGCCCGGGAGUGUCGGAUCCUGAAGAACUUCUCCUCGUUGCGCGCCAUCCUCUCCGCCCUGCAGUGCAACGCCAUCCACCGCCUGAAGAGGACCUGGGAGGAAGUGUCACGGGAGAGUUUCCGCACUUUCCGCGAGCUGUCAGAGAUCUUCUCAGACGACAACAACUACUCCCUCAGCCGAGAGCUGCUGGUGAAGGAGGGAACGUCCAAGUUCGCAACUUUGGAAAUCAACCCCAAACGAGCUCAGAGGAGACACCAGCAGCAGAGAGACCUGGGAGUGAUGCAGGGGACUAUUCCCUACCUGGGGACCUUUCUGACCGACCUGGUGAUGAUGGACACUGCCAUGAAGGAUUACACUGAGGGUGGUCUCAUCAACUUUGAGAAGAGAAGAAAGGAGUUUGAGGUGAUCGCUCAGAUCAAACUGCUCCAGCUCGCCUCCAACAACUACAGUUUCACUCAGGACAGCCACUUCAGAGAGUGGUUCGCAGGCGUGGAGAAGCUCAGCGAGGCAGAGAGCUACAACCUGUCCUGUGAGAUCGAGCCUCUGUCAGAGUCGGCCAGCAACACGCUCAGGGCCAAGAAGAACGGAGGCAUCAUGAAACGCUGGAGCGACCGGCAGUUGACGGAGGCGGGCUCCAGCGGCGCCGCGGGCUCCCAUUCCAAGUCCUUCGACCACUCGCACUACAGACCGUACCAAGGAGGCGGGGGGGACAGCGGCGACGCUCUCAGCGUCACCUCCGUCAGCUCCAGCGGUUCAGACCUGGAGGACGUGAACGCCAGCUUCCUGUCUGACUCCCCCGAAGGACACGAGAGAAAGACGUCGACUCCUUCAGUGAAACUCACCGUCUCUGCUUUGGGGAGAGAAGCUCCAGCGGCAGAUACAACGUCAACAUUCUGGGAGUGCACGUCUCUGUCGUCUCUGGACACGUCCGGGACGGGCUCCAGCUCCGGCUCGGCCUCCGGCUCCAGCAGCGCCUCGUCCUCCUCCGUCUCCUCCUCCACGCCGCUGUCGGCCUCCCGCUCGCACAAACGCUCGGUGUCGGCGGUGUCGAACUACUCCACCCUGUCGCUGCCGCUGUACAACCAGCAGGUGGACGACUGCUGCAUCAUCAGGGUCAGCCUGGACGUGGAGAACGGCAACAUGUACAAGAGCAUCCUGGUGACGAGUCAAGACAAGACUCCCGCCGUCAUCAGGAAGGCCAUGAUCAAACACAACCUGGAGAGAGAGAAGACGGAGGAGUACGAGCUGAUGCAGAAAAUCUCUGAGGACAAAGAGUUGCGGAUCCCGGACAACGCCAACGUCUUCUACGCCAUGAACUCCACUGCCAACUACGACUUUGUGCUGAAGAAGCGCGGCUUGGCGCGGCCGGUGCGGGCCAAGAACGUGGCCAGUUCGACGCUGCCUCGCAUGAAACAGAAGGGACUGAAAAUUGCGAAAGGGAUCUUCUGAGGAGAGAAAUGCGCCGCCUCCUGCCUCCCCCUCCACCCCCUCAACCCUCUCAGGCCUCCGCUCCUCAGAGGAAACAUUUCUGUUCGCGUCUGUUGGAGGGAAACUUAACCUGAAGUAUCUGAGUUUUGGUUUUGGACAAAGACUUGAGAUGCCAGAGGAGAAAACGACCAAGCAGCUUUCCUGUGGAUCAGCAGGAAGCGGAGGAGCAUCUUAGCACUUAGCAACAGCUGAGGCCGAGUCCGUCGCAGGAAACGCCCACGUAGAAGCUGUUUCUGUUCGGCUGCAGGUUCCUGGAAGCAGAGGGACACGCAGGUGGGGAAAACAAGCAGCCGCGUCGGGGACGUGCGCUGCUGCUCAGUGGCUGAACCAGUCGAACUCUCUCACCGGCGUCACGUGACUGGUCGUGUCGAGUGUGGAGAAGCAGAUCCAUUUCAUUUCCUGGUCCAUUACUUUUUGUUUACAUUUGUUUACAUUUGAACAUCAGCUGGUCAGAUCUUACAAACAUUUCCCUCAGUCCUCUUGCUCACGGGAGGAGUUUUGCACCUUCGAUGAAACACUUUUUUUAAACCCCUCAGCAGCCGCCAUCCCUCUGCAGUCGUCUCGCACGCCCCCUCCUGGCAUGGAGUGUACAUAAGUGAACAAUACGAAGCCGCAGCAAUCAGCUGGGCGUUCGAAUGUGUUUCUAUUUUUUCAGGGAACUUUUGUCGUGACUGUGCCGCCGCCUUUACCGUCUCGCCCCCAGGGCUCCUGAUGUCGACAGCGUCCCCUGGGACCGCGGCUCUGAACGUUCGGCUCUCUCUCCGCUCUCGGACGCUGGGACUCAUGUCGGCAUUUUAACACCAGCGACACUGACGUGGAGGAAUCUGAACUCUUUUAACUUCUGAACGCUGCCAUGUUACAAAAAAACAAAAAAAAACAAAACAAAAGGUCAAGUCAAAAUGGAGACAUGGUGUCAAAAUCCGGUCCUGUGGGCACAGCCAUGAAUCAUAUGCCACUAUUUUCUUUUCUUUUUGUUAUGAAUGGUAACCACUACACCGUGAAGGAGGUGGUCGUCCUGUGGUCGCACUUGACUGGGACAGUUUGUUAGUGGAGAACAAACGAGCUGAAAACAAAACAAAACAAAAACUGAGUGUAUAUAUCAUUAACACCGACUGUGCAGUACGUUCCUUUGAGAUGGACCAUGAGAUUUUGUUAAUAGACUUAUCGCGAUAUCAACACUUUUUUUUUCCACUUUGCUUUGUACAUUUUUUUUUUUUUUUUUCUGCAUCUCUCUGCUCUGAUAUGGUGCUGCUAAUUAUCUUUCUGAAGAGGUCGUACGAGCUGCACGUCACUGCUCUCUACUUCCUGUCCACCGGCCGCCAUGUUGGAAGAAACAUCGGAAACAUAACUCACCGCCUUUGCUGUCCUCAGAAAGUUCUUCAGUUUUCAAACAGACAAAACAUUUAUGACGGGAAGAGAAAAAGUAGAUGCAACGGGUCAAAAAAAUAAUUAUAAAAAAUACUAAUAGUUAGUUGAUUCAACAGUGGAUCAACAGGAAAGUAUUUUGAUAAUGGAAGACUGCAAAGAUUCAAACAUUUACUACAUGACAUACUUUCCUCUUUCUUCUCUGUUGUUUCUGACAGGAGAAUUUCAAAAUGCAAAAUGUAAAAUCCAAAUUAUGAGACACAAAGUCAAAAUUAUAUCAAGUAAAUAAUUUGACUUUGUAUCAUAUAAUUUUGAAUUGCCAUUACUUGGGCUGCAGAGAGCAACUUUUACUAUUGAUUAUUUUAAUAGUGGUAAGAGCGAAAAAUGCCUGUUAUUUUUCUAAAGCUCAAGUUAAUGUGUUCAAAGAAAAAGCAGGAAAUGUAACAUUUGAGAAUCUUAAAUGAAAUUAUUAUCCAAACCAUGAUUAAUAAUUAUCUAAAUAUUUGUGGAUCGAUUGUCUGGCAGGAAUAGGCUUCCACCUGAAAAUAGAUUUCGAUCAAAAACAUUUAAUAUAAUUGAAUUUGACCGUAAUAAUUGCAAAUAAGAUAAAGUUUUAUAUUAUUCAUUAAACAUUUAUUGUUUUGAGGAAACCUCUGUGACAUUUUGAACAUCUGAGACGCUAAAAUCAGACUUUUUAUUUUAGUGUUAGCAGCAGUGAAGGCUGGCCUACUGCACCCACUCAGUAGUGUGUUUUCAGAUUCAUUAUUUUAUAGGAUGAUGAUAAUAAUAAUAAUAAUAAUGAUGAUAAUAAUAAUAAUAAUGAUCUAGAGCUGCACUAGAGAAACUCUGGGACACAACAGACAGUUCUUAAGGAAUAAAGAUAAAAACAUCAGCGACAUAAAAACCAUGAUAUUGUGGUUUCUCUCUGUCUGUGGUCACUGAGGAUAAAAGAACAAUAUUCAAAAUGUUCUCUAACAGCAAACUGAUAUUUUUGGUUUAACCCUGGACCGUACCACUGAACGGGCAGAGGUGAUAAACUGUGGGUCUUUGUUCUUUCCAACACGGCGGCUCAUUCUUCAUAUUCAUUAGUAACCACUCUCCAAAUGUGCCAUGACGGGCCUGUGUGUCUCGGACGCACCAGACGAGUCCUGCUGAUUUAUCCCGCAGGAUGUUUUUCUGUGGUUAACGUGUCGCUGAUGGCAGCAAAGUCUCUUCCUGUGUGGGCUCUAACUCGCAGUCGGAGUGGAAACGAUGGCGUUUGAUGGUUUCCAGAGCUGGAACAGUUUGAAUGAGACUGUGCGUAGGAGCCCGAAUGAAGGAUAACGACGCUGCCAAACUGCACAUGAGGGAACAAACUCUUCUUUCUUGUCUGUGUGCUGUCCUCCAGCUGUUUCUUUUAAAGGAAAAAUCCAACCUAAAAACAUCUUAUCACUCUUAAACAAAGCAGUUCUGGGGUUCAUAUUUCGUUAAUGUUGCAUCGUUGAGAUAUUUCUAACAGCUACUACACAGCAGUCGUUGUUAAAGGGCUUCUUUUCUGGAUUGUGCACAGUUUCUCCUGCAAGUUAAACCCCAACCCUGUUUGUUUGCUGCCUCUGUCCGGCUCAGACACAUGUACAGUUUCAAAGCUAAAGAUUCACCAUCGAAAUCCUUUCUGACAGAACGAGUCCUUCAUUUCAGACGAAAGUAGACAAGAGUUGAUUUUAUGAUAAUUACAAUAAUCUUUAUUUGUAAAGCACUUUCCGAAAGUCAAAUUACGGAUUUUAUAAUAACAAGAUGAAACUAAUUAGUGUGAGAGAAAAGAAAUUACAGCAGGUUGUUCUGGUGCCUCGUUCUUGAGAAAAUGGAAACAGAGAAACAGGAUUGUUCUUGUAUUGAAAAGUAACUCAUAUUAUUACAAGUAUAAGUUUAACAUUGGACCAGAUAAACACACAGUUCAAUCCUUGUUGCUUUUGGAAAGGGUGAAAAAAGACAGAGCACCUGUGUCAUGCUAAUAAUGCUAAUAAUGCUAACCAUGCUAAUCCAGAGCUUGAACUGCUGUGUCCAGCAGGGGGCGGGGUUGAGCGACCAGUCAAUUUGAUCAACAGGGAAAUUUUCACACCCUUUCUGCUGUCGCAUAGCAUUCUGGGAAAUGUAGGAAAUUACUAAUUCAGGGAAAAGUGGGAUUCACAACAAAAAACAAAAAAAAAACACUGGUUAUGAUUGAAUAUGUGAGGUUGGAUUUUUCCUGAUGAGUUGUUCAUAUCACAGCAACAAACACUAAAUGAGCCUGGAUUGCACUGCGACCAUGUACUGCCUUUUCUUAUUUAGUUAUUUUCACCUGCAUGAAGUUCAUAAUUUUCAUAAUCCUCUUAACGAUCAAAUGAAUGAAGUGCCCAAAAAAAGAAAAGGAAAAAAAAAAAAAAAA